AACCAAACAUUCGAACAGGAAUAAGCAAUUGUAUUUGAAUAAACAGCUUGUCAACAACUGAGAGACUGUUACGCCGGGUACCUGCUGGCAAAGUGGUCUAGGGUACCGUGUGAACGAAAGAGAGAAAACUUGAGUGACAUUAGAGAGCUCGGACUGGAAACAUGGCCGCUCCCACAUCGCAACUAAUUACUCUGUGUUUAUCUCUUAACCUCGUUUGUUCUAUUGUGAUAGUCUUGCUCAACAAACUUAUAUAUGUGAAUUAUGCCUUUCCUAACAUGACUUUGACGUGUAUUCAUUUCUUCGUCACUUCUGUGGGUUUGUUUAUUUGUCAGCAUCUCAAUGUUUUCCAGCCGAAACGUCUUCCCUUCUUAGAUCUAUUGCCACUGGCCGCUUCUUUUUGUGGUUAUGUGGUCUUCACAAACCUUUCACUACAGUAUAACUCGGUCGGUACUUACCAACUCAUUAAGGCAAUGACAACACCGUGUAUUAUUUUCAUACAGACGUAUUUUUACCAUAAACAUUUCUCGUUAUAUGUCAAAUCGACAUUGAUCCCUAUCACCAUUGGUGUGUUCUUAAACAGUUACUAUGACAUCAAGUACAAUCAUUUAGGAGUCAUUUUUGCAACUGUUGGAGUCUUGGUUACAUCACUCUAUCAAGUGUGGGUUGGAGAAAAACAACAUGAAUUACAAGUGAACUCUAUGCAGUUGUUAUAUUACCAGGCACCAAUUUCAACAUUGAUGCUCCUUUUCAUAAUUCCAUUCUUUGAACCAGUUUUCAGUUAUUUAUUACCACCUUGGAAUCUGCAUGCAGCAGGGAUUGUUACAUUGUCUAGUAUUGUAGCAUUUUUAAUCAAUUUGACUAUUUAUUGGAUCAUUGGCAACACAUCACCUGUUACCUAUAAUAUGGUGGGCCACCUGAAAUUCUGUCUGAUUCUUUUUGGUGCUUAUCUGUUCUUUAAUGAAUCAUUACAUUUUCUUCAACUCUUGGGAAUUUUAAUCACUCUUUCUGGUAUUAUUCUUUACACGCACAUAAAGAUGGCAGAUCAAAAGACAAAGAAUACAUUACCACUACAGACAAAUGUCAGUGAAAAAGACCCUAACUCUGUCAUUUCAUAGCAUAUUCCAUCAACCCUGUACAGUAAGAUUUUGUUGUGUGUACACCAUUUGAAUAUGUUAAUUGUCUCUUUGUCAGGUUCUAUUUUAGGCAGCAUUCAGGAGAAACUAUGGAAAAACAAUCUCUUUCUCAGCUAUAUUUUCUAACUUUACUAUUUUCUUAUUAUUAUUAAAUAAGUCUUCAGUAGUUGUUCUUGAAUAAGCCCAUAGCUUGGAAGUAGUUAAUCACACAUAAAUCCUAGUCUUGGUAUGUGCUGAAAAUCAAUGUUUGGUCAGGAUUAUAGUUAUGACCAUUUUGUCCUGUUGCACUUGAGAACUUCAGAGAAUUGUCGCUAAUUUUAAAAAUGGUAGGAUGUUUGUUGAGGAAGUAUUUGCUGGCUCAUUAAUUUUACAGUCUUGCUAGAUUAUUAAAGUUACUUAAUACUCUUUGCUUUUUUGACUUUUAAACCCAUUAAGUUGAGACUACACUAAGAGGUUUGGCACUUACUUAUUUUAUAAAAAUUCUGGUAUGAGAAUUACAUUAGCUACAAGUUCCUAAUGGAACUCAAUCUUGAAUACCAAUCUUGUUGCUUAAAGGACUGACAUUGGGAGGAUUUCAAAAGCAGAUCAUUUUCUCACUGAAUUUCGACCUAGUACUUUUGGUUUCACAAUCCAUUCAGCUUCACCUAAUUUCCUUGCUGCCCAUCAGAACAUUCAAACAUGUCAAAGAGAGAGGAACUCAACCUCCUAGAAAUAGCAACCAAAUAGCAACCUCAAAUUACACCCUUUUACUUAAAAAAUAGGGAGGAUAUAGAUAAUUUAGUCCUAGAUAUCCCUAAAAACAAGAUGGAUACAGCUGGAAUCAUAGGUUUGCUUGAACAGGUCUAACCUGGAGAUAAACAGUUACAAUGAUGUUAAAGGCUUUUCUCAAGCAUUCUUUUAUGUUUUUUAAAAAUCAUAUCACA